CCGCCCGCAAAGUUGUCCGCCCGCAAAACAACCAACUCGCCUGCAAAGCCAUCGGGCCAAAUGCCUCAGCAUCAUGGAAAGUGACAGGCGCACCCUAGCAGUCCGUGCUUGCGUAGCAUGUCGCAAACAGAAACGAAAAUGCACCAGAGAGGUUCCCGAAUGUUCUCUCUGCUCCAAAAAUGGACGGCCUUGCGAAUACGCUGUCGGUAGCCGUGCGGCACCUAAUCCCGACCAUCACUCGCGUGUCGCUCCUCGAAUCCAGAACCCGACUGUAAUGCCUGUACAGACCGUCGAUUCCGCAGCAACAACGCCUAGCUCCAAUGAACCCACUGCCCCGAGGCUCUUGCCAGUUGAAAACCACUUUCCUCUGUUUUUUCUCGAUUCUAGUUAUUUUCAGCACACAAACUCCCUGCUACAGAUGCCAACGAUUGAACUUCCUCCCGAGUUUGACUCUAUUGGUGCCCAAUCAAACAUGCACGAUGUUGACGUCUAUUUCAGUUCUAUCCAUACGUUCUUGCCGAUAGUCUCGAAAUUGCGACUGUAUCGAGAGCUCUCUGCUCCACAGAAUUGCCGAAACCCCGACACAGCGCUUCUUUUGAUCACCAUACAACUGCAUACCCGGUCUCUGGACAGUUCAGACCCACCGAACCGUGAGCUCUAUGGGCUCGCCAAAGCCUGUUGUUCUCAUGUCGAGAGGAGCAAUAUUUUCUCCAUUCGGCUGUUACAAGCCACACUUCUUAUCACUUUAUACGAGAUAGCGAAUGCGAUAUACCCAGCGGCCUAUGUCAGCGUAGGCCAUUGCGUAAGAUUGGGCCACGCUAUAGGUAUCCACGAUUUCAAGAGAGCACCUCAGAUGCUUCGCACACCAACAUCAGCUACUGAGUUGGAAGAAAGGCGACGAGUUUGGUGGGCUGUGAUUGUGCUAGACAGAUAUGUCAAUGUCGGCGGUAAACAUCGACCAUUCUCGUGCGACGAUGUCCGACCAGAUGAGCUACUUCCUGUGGAUGACAAACAUUGGGAUCAAGGGGAACUCGCCCUUGUCCAACCCCUUGCAGUAUCAACUAGCACAACAGUGAAAAUUUGUCCCUUUGGGAGAACUUGCCAAGCUUCUCAUUUGCUGUCUCGUGUCCUGCGGCAUAUAAGCGACAGGGACUCUGAUAUUGAGUUUAGAUGUAACGAAGCUCUGCAACUUCGUCGCACACUGCAGGCGCUGGCUGCCACAAUUGCCAACGAAUCCGAAGAACUCCUAGGGCACGUGAACGAUGCCACGGCUGACCUGCCCCUUUUUACUGCAACGGCAUUGUGCCAUAGUGCGUUGCUUGGCCUUUACGAAACGUAUUGUUGCACUGAAAACAGCGAGGCUAACCAAAUGGGAUGCGAAAAUUUGCUGGAGAUGCAAAACCUAGCUAUAUCAGGCCUGAAGGAAAUAUCAAAUGCCGUGUUUCUAUUUUCCAAACGCCUUCAGGCCGUCACAGAGUUGGGAGGAAUGCUGAGAAUGACUCCUUUGGUCUGCGCCUGUCUUUAUCAAGCUGCCGGAAACUAUUUAUGGUACACCUUGGAAACAGGUGGUCAAGAUUACCUCUCUAUGGCCAAUACUAUCAAAAGUGUGCUGAGUAUUCUGGGUACAAGAUGGAAUUCCGCUAGGGAGUAUGUCGCGAUUCUUGACGGUGUUGACUACUCGGGAAUUCAUAACUAGGCUGGCAAAGGCUUUUAUUGGCUUUUCUAGACGGCUCCUCUCGCCGAACUUAGAGAGAAAGCCUCCACAUAAUUUUGUAUACUCUCUCCAUUCAAUCCUUAAUCCACUCACGUUUCUUUA